AAAAUUCUUGGAACCCUAAUUGGCGCAAUCCGACCCCCUUCUCCCCACCCAAAACCUCCGAAUCAAAAAUCUCCCGGAGCGUCGUCGGAUCUCGUCGGUCGUGAGCCGCCGGCGUGCGGCGGAGGGUCUGGCGGUGGCGGCGGCGGCGCCUGUCGCCGGUGUAAUCGUUUCUCCGCUCCGUCGGUGAAGGUCCGGUUGCCCAAAGGCCCGUGCUUUCGCUGUUGGAAAUCCUCGUCGUCGCGGCGUCGGGAGCAGCCGCCGAGCCUCGAUUCGGGCCGGUCCCGGACGGAAUCGAACGCCCCUGUGGCUGUAAUCCCACGUACGGUGUAGAUACGCGGCUCGAGAUUCGUCCAUGGCCACGACCGACGCCACUCCCAAGUUCCAGAACCGGGAUUUCCGCCCGGUGCCGCAGCCCCCGGACUUCCACCCGGAGGUCGUGGUCCCCGCCCACGACGGCCUCCGCUUCUGGCAGUUCAUGAUCGCCGGGUCGGUCGCCGGGUCGGUCGAGCACAUGGCCAUGUUCCCCGUGGACACGGUGAAGACCCACAUGCAGGCGAUGGGCUCCUGCCCCAUCAAGUCGGUGGGCCUCGGCCAGGCCCUCCGGUCGAUACUGAAGUCGAACGGUCCCCUGGGUCUGUACCGCGGCAUCGGCGCCAUGGGGCUCGGCGCCGGACCCGCCCACGCCGUGUAUUUCUCGGUCUACGAGGUUUGCAAGAAGUUCUUCUCCGGCGGGAAUCCGAAUAAUUCGGCUGCCCACGCGGUUUCCGGGGUGUUUGCCACGGUCGCGAGUGAUGCUGUGUUUACGCCGAUGGAUAUGGUCAAGCAGAGAUUACAAUUGAACAAUAGUCCUUACAAAGGGGUUUUGGAUUGUGUGAGGAGGGUCAUGAAGGAAGAGGGACUUCGGGCUUUUUAUGCGUCGUAUAGGACUACCGUCAUCAUGAAUGCUCCGUUCACUGCCGUGCAUUUUGCAACAUAUGAGGCUGCAAAGACGGGUUUAAGGGAGGUUUCACCGGAAAGUGUGAAUGAUGAAGGUUGGGUUGUCCAUGCCACAGCAGGAGCAGGUGCUGGGGCACUGGCAGCUGCUAUUACAACCCCUCUCGAUGUUGUGAAGACUCAGCUGCAGUGUCAGGGUGUCUGCGGAUGCGAUAGAUUUAAGAGUGAUUCAAUGAGGGAUGUCUUUCGAACGAUAGUGGAAAAGGAUGGAUACAGAGGGUUAAUAAGAGGAUGGAUGCCUAGGAUGCUAUUCCACGCUCCUGCUGCUGCAAUCUGUUGGUCUACUUAUGAAGCCUCGAAGUCGUUUUUUGAGGAACUUAACGAUAAAAGCGAUGCCCGUGUUGUCACCUGACAACCCAGUGUCAAGAGUUUUGUUCUUUGUUUCCCUGCUGGAGCACCAAUACUGUCCAGACUAUCGAAGCAAAAUAUGAUGCAGAGAUCUUUCUCUUGUCAAGUCUGCUCGACUUUGAGGCAUUGAAGAAGGAGAGGAGUUUUCAUCCUCGGAACAUGCCUGCAGUUGCUCCCGAUAACAAAAUGAGUUGAUUAGGUCAUAUUAAUGUAUUCUUAUCACACUUUUGGCGAUUCAAAUAAUAUUAUCGAUCAUAGUUGAGUUGGAUUAAUUGAUUUCUGGCGCA